GUCUUGCAGAGUCGACCAUCUGGGCCACAGUGUGCUGGAUAACUAUUACGAUGAAAACUACUGUGAAAGUUGCUGUCCCAAAAGAAGCAAUGUCUGACGGCGAGACAAGCGUGAAGGAUGGGCCUGCAGAUGGCCGCACACCCCCUGCAGUGAAGUGGUGGCGCAUCCGUCCGACGGUGGAGCCGCUUGUCCUGCUGUUCAUGUUCUCCUACGUCGUGACUCAGUGGGUGGCCAGUGGGCUCUUCCUGGAGCGAGUGUGCGGCUCCAGAGACCCCAACAUGUGCACCAACGAGGACCGCACCUACUCCAGCACGCUUCUCACCUGGAAGGCUAUCAUCGAAGGAAUCGUGCCCGCCACUGUGUCGCUUUUCAUCGGCAGUUGGAGCGACAAGUUCGACCGGCGGCCCAUCUUUCUCUGGUCCUUUGCUGGGAACACUAUCGCGUACAGUCUGUUCUCUGGGCUGUCUGCGAUUAGAGAUCUAGCGCCAGAGUGGCUCCUGCUGCCGUCUGUAGUGACCACCUUCAGCGGCGGCAUGAUGAACCUCAUGGCUGUUGCCAACAUCUACAUAGCUGACAUUAGCCCUGAGGGGCAGAAGGAGCUCAGACUAGGUUUGCUGGACGUGUCGCAGUAUUUGGCUGUGAUGUUGGGGUCAGGGCUGUCCACGCCGCUGUUCCUGAGCCUCAACUACGAAGGCGUGUACCAACUGGCUGCCGGCCUCAUGGUGCUGUGUCUGCUGUACUCCAUCUUCCUGCUGCCAGAGACCACUGCGCGCUGUACACCACCACAAGACGGGAGCUGCAGCUGCUGCAAGGGGAUCUUCCACCCCCAGCUGGUGCGCGACGCUCUCAAGACGUCCCUGAUGAAGCGGCCACACCACGGACGCACAGCCAUCCUCAUCGUCAUCUUCGUGGCCGUCACUAGCGUCCUUAUCUCCCAAGGAGAAGGUGUUGUCUACUACCAGUUCGUGAACGCCAAGUUCCAGUGGACGAUGGAGGACAACCUGCUGUUCAGAUUCUUCAGCAAUGGCACCACUGCUGCAGGAACCUUGGUGGGCGUCAUGGUGUUCGUGCGGUGGCUCAAGUUGGGCGACGGCUGGAUAUCCUUCAUCACUUUCUCCUGCAAGAUCUCUGCAGCCGUAAUCCACGCCAUAUCACCGGAGUCGUGGUACAUGUUUCUGGGCGGAGCCAUCGGUUGCUUCGGAGCCUUGAUCUGGGUUCUGGUAAGGGCGAUGCUGACGAGGCUGGUCGCCAAGGACGAAAUAGGCCAGGUGUUCGCACUGGCGGUGACGCUGGAGUCGCUGUGUCCACUGGUGGGACCUCCCGUCUACAGUGCCGUCUUCAAGGCGACGAUCGAGUCCUUCCCUGGCGCCUUCCACCUGCUCUCCGCCGCGAUCAUGGCGCUCGACCUCACGCUGCUCCUAAUUGCGGUUUUCCUGAACCGAGGUGCGAGGAAGGAGCGGCAGCAGCAGCAACAGCAAGAUGAAGGCUCUCCGCUUCUCGCCUGAGCAGCUGCUCACUGCCCACCCACCCAGAGCGAGGAGUGCUGGCAACAGCC